AUGAUUCCCAUGAUAUGGUCUAAUCUAAUUUUUUUUCUGUUAAGUGUAAUUAGUUUUACUAAAUCUAACGCAAUCCCUCGAGCUUCGUUUUAUCCAACUACUACCCAGUUUUCGACGGUAACUCAAAAUGCUUUAAAACCAACGGAGGCCACUAAUAUAUUACCGGAUCCAUUACUAACGACUGAUAUGCUACGUAAUAGAAGGUUGCUUAAAAGAGGUACAAGCCAUGAUUAUGUGACACUUGUUGCUCUUUGGACAGAAACAACUACUGACUUGUUUUUUAGUUUUGUUUAUACUGAUACUUAUCAAUCAGUAACUAUCUAUCAUAAAUUUCAAGUUGCAAUUAUCCCAUCUUCUCCCGCCCUUGCCACAACAUUUGUUGAUGGUACUGGUUCAAUUGAGAGUGUGAUAUCAACAAGCUUUACAACAUUUUGGGGUUUAGCAAAUUUUUUUCAGAUGCAGACUUGGACAUUAGUUAUUGUUGCCACCCCAACACAUGCUAUAACAAAGUCAGACUAUUUUUUAAUGUCCACGGGGAAAACAUCAACCUUUUUAACUUCAUGUUACACAUUUACUGGGAUUGAUAGUUUAUUUACUACGGUAACCAUUUAUUACAUUAAUAUCCCCGCCACUCCAGGCAUUUCUAAAAUAUUUACCCAAUGGACAGGUAUGUCAACCUCAACUUAUUCAACGUCACAUAUAGUAUCAACGUUAGAGGUAGGCUUUUCCGAAAUCACUGUGUAUUUUAUUGAAACACCGUAUGAUUACAUUUAUGAUUUUACCUCUAUAUACACAACUUGGAGCGGUACUUACCCUUCGACUUAUUCAAGUAAAACAUUAUCUAUGUGGAAUGGCGGUAGCAAAACAGUAAAUGUACAAUUCGAGUUUUAUGUUAAAUUACCUCUUUUGACGACCAGCAUAACCGAAAUUUUGCCAUGGUCAGGAAUUACAAGUAAAAUGAUGAUUGGUACUUACACAGACACUUUCUCAACUGCUGUGUAUAUUAUCUAUGCAACAUCUAUGCUUAUGCCAUAUCCAUCACAAAUCGCCACAGUUUUUACCUAUUGGGAUAAUUCAUAUACAACAACCUAUUCGACAGAAAUAUUUGUUUCUUUUGGUCCAAAUUUUCAACAAACAACAUAUACAUAUUAUUUUGUGAGUACACCAGUAAGAAAUGGGGUUUCUACAAGCUACUCACAGUGGCUAAGUCCGAUCACAAAAACUUUUUCAACAAUGACAUAUACUAGUACGGACUCUGCUAAUUCAGAUAUUACAGAAACUGUUUAUCUGGUGGCAAUCCCUUUUUAUGAACUAACUUCAACUGUAUAUACGGACUGGUCAGGAAAAUACAGUAAAACAUUAUCAAAUUACAUACAAACAAUUACAAAUUCAAAUGGCUUAGAAACUUUAGAAACAAUUUAUUAUGUUGCUACUCCUACAGUAGGCAUAUCAUCUACAUCCUACACGUACUGGACAGGCUUUGAGACAUCUAUAUACUCGACACUAAUGAAGACCUUCACAGGGACAGACGACAUUCUAACGACUGAGACAAUUUACUUCGUUAAAACUCCAAUCGAUGCCACCACCUCCACAUCUUUCACAUAUUGGACAAAUUCUGAGGUAUCUCUCUACUCUACACUUGUGACAACCUUCACGGGGCCAGACGACAUUGUGACGACUGAGACAAUUUUCUAUGUUGUUACUCCACUAAUUGCGACUUCAGUUACACUUUAUACAUAUUGGACAGGCUCCGAGACAUCUACAUUCUCAACAAUUGUGACAACUGUCACAGGACUGGAUGAUAUUGUGACGACUGAGACAAUCUAUUUCGUUGAAACUCCAAUCGAUGCCACCACCUCUAUAUCGUAUACGUAUUGGACAGGUUCUCUAACCUCCACAUACUCAACAUUUGUGAAUAUCUUCAAAGGGUCGGACGACAUUGUGACGACUGAGACAAUUUUCUAUGUUGAGACUCCAAUCGAUGUCACCACUUCCACCUCGUACACGCCUUGGAAAGGCUAUCAGACAUACACAUACACAACACUUGUGACGACCUUCACAGGGACAGACGACAUUGUGACGACUGAGACAAUUUUCUGUGUCGCGACUCCAACAAUUGCAACUACAAUCAUACUCUAUACACCCUGGAGUGGCUCGGGAACAUCUACAUAUUCGACAAUAGUAACAACACUCUCAGGGCUUGAUCAUACUUCGACGACUGAGACAAUUUACUUUGUUAAAACCCCCAUUGCUACCACUACCUCCACAUCGUACACAUACUGGACAGGUUCUGAGACAUCCACAUACUCAACAUUUGUGACAACCUUUACAGGAGUGGACAACCUCAUAACAUACGAGGAAGUUAUAUACGUAGCAACUCCAUUAAUUACAAUUACAGUAACACUUUAUACAACUUGGACUGGCUACGAGACUUCCACAUUUUCAACACUACAUGUAAUAACGGAGGGCCUUGACGGAGUUAGCACAUCAGAACUUAUCUACUUCGUACAAACUCCAACCAUAAGCACUUACUCUCCAUCGUCACAUUACUUAAAGAGUCAUACAAUUUCGCAGUCCAACAAUCUAUACACUUCUAUACUAAAGCCAACAAAUCCAUCCAACUCAUUAGAUCCUUACACCACCACCGUUGUCUCUGGUUCAUCCACCGAAACAGACGUCGUGUCUAAGUUCAGCACCACGGACUCCAAUGGUGUACCUUCCACCGGUACUACCACCUACAGAGUCUCUGCUGGUUCUUCUGACAUGUACUCGUCGGCCUCUGGCAUGUACUCGUCGGCCUCUGGCAUGUACUCGUCGGCCUCUGGCUUGUAUUCUUCAGCCUCCGACAUGUACUCGUCAUCUGAAACUGAUGGUAUGUAUUCUGCUGUUUCCUCUGAAGUUUCGGAUUCUUACUCGUUAGAUCCAUACACCACUACAAUCAUGUACGGUUCUUCUGGUGAAACUGACGUUGUAUCAGAAUACGUGACAACCGACUCAAACGGCCACCGUUCCAUCGCAACAACUACUUAUAAGAUGCCAGCAGACUCAGACGUCUAUUCAUCAGCCUCCGACGUGUUCUCGUCUGGCUCUGGCUCCAUGGCCUACUCCACUGGCAACAAGGAUGUCUACACCACCACCGUUGUCUCUGGUUCAUCCACCGAAACAGACGUCGUGUCUAAGUUCAGCACCACGGACUCCAAUGGUGUACCUUCCACCGGUACUACCACCUACAGAGUCUCUGCUGGUUCUUCUGACAUGUACUCGUCGGCCUCUGGCAUGUACUCGUCGGCCUCUGGCAUGUACUCGUCGGCCUCUGGCAUGUACUCGUCGGCCUCUGGCUUGUAUUCUUCAGCCUCCGACAUGUACUCGUCUGGCUCUGGCUCCAUGGCCUACUCCACUGGCAACAAGGAUGUCUACACCACCACCGUUGUCUCUGGUUCAUCCACCGAAACAGACGUCGUGUCUAAGUUCAGCACCACGGACUCCAAUGGUGUACCUUCCACCGGUACUACCACCUACAGAGUCUCUGCUGGUUCUUCUGACAUGUACUCGUCGGCCUCUGGCAUGUACUCGUCGGCCUCUGGCUUGUAUUCUUCAGCCUCCGACAUGUACUCGUCUGGCUCUGGCUCCAUGGCCUACUCCACUGGCAACAAGGAUGUCUACACCACCACCGUUGUCUCUGGUUCAUCCACCGAAACAGACGUCGUGUCUAAGUUCAGCACCACGGAUUCCAAUGGUGUACCUUCCACCGGUACUACCACCUACAGAGUCUCUGCUGGUUCUUCUGACAUGUACUCGUCGGCCUCUGGCAUGUAUUCUUCAGCCACUGGCUUGUAUUCUUCAGCCUCUGGCUUGUAUUCAUCAGCCUCCGACAUGUUCUCGUCUGGCUCUGGCUCCAUGGCCUACUCCACUGGCAACAAGGAUGUCUACACCACCACCGUUGUCUCUGGUUCAUCCACCGAAACAGAA